GAGUGCAGCUCGUCAGGCAGUCUCUUCUAGCGCACACUAGUCAUUACGAUUGUACCCAGGGAACCACCAGAUCACCUGACAGAAUCCACUCAGGACUCAGUCACGCAGGUAUCAGGUUUAAAGGCUAAACGUUGUAUCGUACCGUUGAAUGAACAACUCCGAAACGUUUAAACGAUUAUCUAUCACGAAGAAAGGUACGUUUGGGUAAAAACAUGACUCAGUAAAAGUUUUCCUUCGGUUUAUACUGUAGUGCUGCCAUGUUAGCGUGGAUCUGACUUGCUUCAUGCGCCAUAAGCCUGAUAUAAAAACGUUUACAUGGACGCAUUUAAAUGGAUUCUAAGCAGCAUAACGUAUUUAGUUAAAAAAAACGACCCAUGGUGCCAAGUCUAUUGUUUAAGUCAUCAUGAUGACAGAAUAGUCACGUGUCAAAUAGCCCAUGUAACUACAUAAUUUAAAAUACUUACAUUCCUUACUAGUGUAUGCAGAGCAGAAUCUCUGACUUACUCCUACGCAGGUAGUUCACACCUCUGAAUGCACACAUCGCUCUGUAAUAAGACCUUUGACCUCAUGCCUGUCUGCUCACCUUGCCACUGUUCCCCAGUUGAGCCAGAAACACCAGUCAUUCUCAGUCGCUGUUUUAGAACCAAAUGCACUUUGACGCUGUUCAACUUAUUGACGCUGUUCUCUUCAGUAGUUCCCCUCUGUCGGCUCUUUUCUGUUGCCUGCAGUUGUACACGGACAAACUUAAACAUGCUGGCAGCUCAGGCAGAUCGGGUCAUGGAACUUGGAGAAUGGGAGGAGCGCUGGCAGGAAAACAGAAUUGGGUUCCAUCAACCUCAUAUACACAAAUUACUGGAGAAAAAUGUCGAUCAACUCUUUGCUGGACGGACGGGAGUUUGCUGCUUCUUCCCUCUUUGUGGCAAAGCUCUGGAUAUGAAAUGGGUAGCUGAUUUGGGCCAUUCAGUGGUCGGCGUGGAAAUAUCUGAAAAGGCUAUUAGACAGUUCUUUGAGGAGAACAAGUUGGCCUACAGGGAGGAACCGGUCCCUGCCAUCCCUGGAGCCAAGGUUUUUAAGAGUUCAGAGAAAAACAUCACCCUGUAUCAGUGUGACCUGUACAGCUUCUCUAGUUCCUUCGAGGGUAAGUUUGGAGCCAUUUGGGACAGAGGCUCUCUAGUGGCAAUCAACCCAGGAGACAGAGAAAAGUACGCGUCACUUAUCAUUUCUCUCAUGGCCAAAGACUGCAGAUACCUGCUGGACACCUUCCUGUACAAUCCGGAGUUAUUUAAGGGUCCACCGUUUCUUGUGCCUAAUGAGCAAGUACACAGUCUGUUUGGUGAGAGCUGCGAUAUCGAGCUGCUGCAGUCAGUGGAUUCCUUCACAGACAAACACAGAGCCUGGGGGGUGGACUACCUGACUGAAAACAUGCACCUCCUUACACUGAAGAGCAACUGACGACCAAGUCCUGACAGAUCAGAAAACACUGCGGAGAAUUUAUUGCAAACAUAGGAACUAAGGAGUCAUUUAUGUUCAUGCAUCCUCCAUUCUUUGGAGAAAUUAGGGAUCUCAGAACAAAAACAGAGAAUUUCCAGGAAAUGUUUUUAAAUCAUUAAUUUGUUUGAGGCCUUUAAGAAGGGUUACAAGAAUUAAAAUUAAACAAGUGA